AUGGUAAAUAUUAUUAUAACUACCACUCUUCUUUUAACCCUAACAAUCCUAAUUUUACCCCUAAUACUAACCCUACACCCCAAACCGCUAAAUCAAGACUGAGCCAUAAAACACGCAAAAACCGCCGUAAGCCUAGCAUUCCUUAUCAGCACAAUCCCGCUAAUUAUUUUUCUAGAUCAAGGAACAGAAAGCAUCAUUACCACCUGGUCCUGAAUAAACAUCACAAGCUUUGACAUCAACAUUAGCUUUAAAUUCGACCACUACUCCCUAAUCUUUACCCCCAUUGCCCUAUACGUAACAUGAUCAAUUCUAGAAUUUGCAUCAUGAUACAUACACGCAGAUCCAAACUUAAACCGGUUCUUUAAAUACCUACUACUAUUCCUAGUAGCUAUAAUUAUCCUAGUUACCGCCAAUAACCUAUUCCAACUAUUUAUCGGCUGAGAAGGAGUAGGUAUUAUAUCUUUCCUACUAAUUGGAUGGUGGCACGGGCGAGCAGACGCCAACACAGCCGCCCUACAAGCAGUGCUUUAUAACCGCGUAGGAGACAUUGGCCUAAUUCUCGCCAUAGCCUGAAUUGCCAUAAACCUUAAUUCAUGAGAAAUCCCCCAAAUCUUUCUAAUAUCUAAAAAUCUUGAUAUAACCUUGCCAUCAAUGGGCUUAAUCUUGGCCGCUACGGGAAAAUCAGCCCAAUUCGGCCUACACCCCUGGCUCCCCUCAGCAAUAGAAGGCCCAACCCCAGUAUCCGCCCUAUUACACUCAAGCACAAUAGUAGUCGCAGGCAUUUUCCUAUUAAUUCGCCUUCACCCCCUAAUAGAAAAUAAUCAACUAGCCCUAACCACCUGCUUAUGCCUGGGGGCCCUAACAACCCUAUUUACUGCAACCUGCGCCCUAACUCAAAACGACAUCAAAAAAAUUGUAGCAUUCUCAACAUCAAGCCAACUAGGCCUAAUAAUAGUUACUAUUGGACUAAACCAACCACAACUGGCCUUCCUACACAUCUGCACCCACGCCUUCUUUAAAGCAAUACUAUUUUUAUGCUCCGGCUCAAUUAUUCACAGCCUUAAUGAUGAGCAGGACAUUCGAAAAAUAGGGGGCCUCCACAAACUAAUGCCCUUCACUUCCUCCUGUCUAAUUAUUGGGAGCCUCGCCCUAACAGGAACCCCCUUCCUAACAGGCUUCUUCUCCAAAGACGCAAUCAUCGAAGCACUCAACACCUCCCAUCUAAACGCCUGAGCCCUAGCCCUAACACUACUUGCUACCUCUUUCACCGCAGUAUACAGCCUACGAGUCGUCUUCUUCGUAACAAUAGGCUCCCCCCGAUUUUCCGCCUUAUCUCCAAUUAACGAAAAUCACCCCGAAAUAGUAGCAUCUAUCCAACGACUGGCCUGAGGGAGCAUUAUUGCAGGCCUCAUUAUUACCUCAAACUUCCUACCAUCCAAAACCCCUGUCAUAACAAUACCCCCGUCCCUUAAAUUAGCCGCACUAAUGGUAACAAUCACAGGCCUCAUCAUUGCUCUCGCCCUGGCCACAGCAGCAACUAAACAAAUCAAAAUUAUGCCCGCCCUCACACCUCACAACUUCUCAAACAUGCUAGGCUUCUUCCCGCCAAUUAUCCACCGCUCAAUUCCAAAAUUCAGCCUCGCCCUAGGAAAACAAGCCACCAAGCUAGACCGACAAUGAAUAGAAACAGGACCAAAAGGAUUUCUUCCCCUCCACGCCUCCUUAUCCUCAAUAUUUGAUAAUAUCGACACUAACAUUGUUAAAGUUUAUCUAGCCUUCUACCUAAUCUCAACAGCCCUGGCUAUUAUUCUCCUAACUCUUCUUUAA